CUCCUUUCUUACAGCAUUUUUGUAUUAACUUAUAAUAGCUCCAUACUUUACCAAUAACACUUAGCUCGUGAAAACUCGCAUUUACUACUUGGAACAUUGUUAUAAUGAGGUUUUACCAUAUAAAAUAUGACAAAAAGAGGAUUGAAAAAGGGGAAGAGGUAAAAAUUAAUUCAAUUAAUUUUAUAAAAUAUAAAUAUUUCUUUAUUGAUAAACAUAUCACUGAUUCAGAUGUUUAUACUUUUUUAAAAACUGUAACUUGUAAAAAUAAAAAGGGUAAACAAAUAAUUGACAAUACAACAUUUGAUGAAAAAUGGAAAAUAAAAUACAGAAAACAAGGUAAAAGAUAUUCAGAUAAACUCGAGAAUCCUAGAAUUACAGCAAACUUUUUUAUUGGUAAAGCUUCUGAAGCUUGGGAAUCAAAUGCUUCAAAUGAAUAUGUUGAAUUGAAAAAUAAUACAACAAAAAAUAACUUUUAUAAUGCAGACAAAAAUAUGGGUAUCAAUGUUAAUGUCAAUGGUCCUGAUGGUAAACCUGAAUACAAACUAUUAUUUGUUACAGAUAAAUAUGCAUAUCUAGAAUCCCUUACAGAUCUAAUAUUUGUUUCAAAAUAAUAAUAUGCUAUUUUUGUUUUCCAGAAAUAAAAUUCUAUACAUUAUGUUAUAGUUUAAACAACCAUUUUCCUGACAUUUUUGCUAUUAGUUUAUGCAUUAUUAAAUUUUAUUUGUUAUUAAAUAACAUGCAUUAUACUC